UCCUCGUUGUUUCUCUGCGUGUUUUUCUCCUCGCAUCACCCGCAUCAUGAGUUACCAUAGCGACGUCUACUCCACCAGCUCCUACCGGAAGUUCUUCGGGGACUCCUCUCGGGUGUCCGCUCCUCCGCUUCGGUCCUCGGCGGGUUACCGGGUGUAUGGAGGCAGUGUCCGGAGCCGGGUGUCGCCCGGAUUCGCCUCCUCGGCGCCGGACGCCGAUCUCGCGCACAUGGCUGCGUCGACCACCGAGCUGAAGAUCGUGCGCACCAACGAGAAGGAGCAGCUGCAGGGCCUCAACGACCGCUUCGCCGCCUUCAUCGAGCGCGUGCGCGAGCUCGAGCAGCAGAACCGCGCGCUCGAGGCCGAGGCCGAGUCUCUGCGCCGCAGCCUGGGCUCCGAGCCCGCGCGCCUGCGCGACCUCUACGAGCGCGAGCUGCGCGAGCUGCGAGAGCGCGCCGACCAGCUGGAGCGCGACCGGAGCCGCGCGCAGCUCGAGAACGCGCACCUCGGCGACGCGUUCGCACGCGUCCAAGAGAAACUGCGCGAGGAGAGCCGCCUGCGCGACGAGGCCGAGAGAGAGCUGCAGCGAUGCCGCAAGGAGGCGGAGGACGGGGCGCUGCACCAGCUCGAGCUCCAGAAGAGGGUGGAGUCUCUGCUGCACGAGAUCGACUUCGCGCGGAAAGUGCACGAUGAAGAAGUGCGCGAGCUGCAAGCGUCACUACAAGCCUCCCAGGUGUCCGUGGAGAUGGAUUUGAGUAAACCGGAUCUCACAGUGGCCCUGAAGGACAUCCGGUCGCAGUACGAGAUUCUGUCCUCGCGGAACCAGCAGCAGGCAGAGGACUGGUACCGCUCCAAGUUCGCCAACGUGACCGAGGUGACUGCACGCGACAGCGACGCCAUCAAACUGACCAGAGACGAGCUGAGCGCAUGCCGGCGCCAGGUUCAGGCACGUGCACUGGAGAUUGAAGCGCUACGCAAUCACAACGAGGCACUCGAGCGGCAGCUGGCUGAGAUGGAGGAUCGCCACAGCACUGAGAUCGGAGAGCUGCAGGAGACGAUCGCUCAGCUAGAUGACGCUCUGCACAGCACUAAAAGUGAAAUGUCCCGUCACCUGCGCGAGUAUCAGGACCUGCUGAAUGUCAAGAUGGCUCUGGACAUCGAGAUCGCCGCCUACAGGAAGUUGCUGGAGGGAGAAGAGUGCCGUCUGGGCAAUGUGGGCGUGACCUCGAUCCAGCCCGCCUACACUACCGUUUCCUAUACGGCAGCUCGCACAUACACCCUGGGUGCCUACAGGAGGGGCAUAGCCAAACCUGAGAGUGAGGAGGAAGAGGACAAGAAGGAAGAGGAGGAAGGAGAAGUGGAAGAAGAAGGAGGAGAGGGAGGAGAGGAAAAAGAAGCAGCUGAAGAAGAAGGAGAAGAAGAGGGAGGAGAAGAAGAAGCAGCUGAAGAAGAAGGAGAUGAAGAGGGAGGAGAAGAAGAAGCAGCUGAAGAAGAAGGAGAUGAAGAGGGAGGAGAAGAAGAAGCAGCUGAAGCGAAAGUAGGAGAGGAAGAGGAAGAAGAAAAGGAAGAGAAGGAGGAAGAGAAGGAGGAGGAGGGAGGAGAGGAUGAAGAAGAAGGAGGAGAUGAAGGAGAGGAGGCAGAUCAAGAAGACCAGGGUAAGGAAGAGGAGGUGGUGAAGGAAAAGAAGGAGGAGAAGGAAGAGAAGAAAGAGAAGAAGGAGCCAGAAGAAGAGAAGAAGGAUAAGGAGAUGGAGAAAGAAAAAGAGAAGAAGAGUGAAGACAAAGGGGAGGCUAAGGCCGAGAGCAAACCUGAGAGCAAACCCGAGGGCAAACCCGAGGGCAAGGCUGAGAGCAAACCCGAGAGCAAACCCGAGGGCAAGGCUGAGAGCAAACCCGAGAGCAAACCCGAGGGCAAGGCUGAGAGCAAACCCGAGAGCAAACCCGAGGGCAAGACCGAGGGCAAGACCGAGGGCAAGACUGAGAAAACCGAAAGUAAUAAAGGAGACAAGUAAACACGCCCUCUCCAGCCGUCCACACACACACACGCACACAGAUCCGGACUCUAAUCUUAUUUUCACAUCUUAAUCGAUACUCCAUCUUCAUCUUCAUCACCCAUUUACGAAACCGUCUCCAUGGUGACCACACACAUCUCCACAGUAACUGCACAUGCUUCAUGCACUGACCACUGAAUGUUCAGUCAGAGCCUUAACGUAGUAAGAGUUAGUGAUGACCAGUGCUGAGUAAAACACGGACACACCCUCUAUCAGAUGCCCCCUGAGGUGGGGUCAGGACGUUCUCCCACUAAACUUUAUGCGUGAGUAGAAAUGACUACAUCACUGUGCUGUAGAUACCCGAGUCGCUAUAGUUACAGUAUUCGCAUUCCUCUACGAGCUUCAGGAGGAACGUUCCUUUAAACUGAAUCACAGAGUGACAAAAACACGACCGCUCGAUAUCACAUUGCGACAAAAUAUCUGUGCUAGCUGAUAAUCUGAAGUAAAAUGUCACAGAAAAAUUCGCUAAGUCAACGUUUGUGAUUACGUAGCAGCCCAAAAUCAGCUAAAUUUACAGAUGUCAAACAAAUUUGUCUUCCAACUUUCCUCACGCAAAUAACGCUAGCUAACUUAAUGAUGUCACAGAGAAAUCAUGAGGUAAUUUCUAACUAGCUAAACGAGGAACCUAGCUAGAAGUAACAUGAAUAAUUCUUUAUCAGCCCAAAAUGCGUUAACUUGAGGUUAGCUGUAUGUAUAAUAUAAAAGCAAAAAAUACUAAUUUAUCUUAUUUUACUCCAAAAUAUUUCCCCUUCAAAUAGCGUUUAUUUUUUAACGUAACAUUAAUAAUGACAUAGCAUCCCAACAUGAGGUAACUUAAUGUUAUCGGUAAGAAUAAUAAUGUAAGAAUUUAUUCUAAUUUUUAAAAAUUCCCCCUCAGAUAACAGGAGCUAGCAUAUGUUUUCCUCAGUCAAACUACACGUUAAGAAUGUAAUAUUUAAUAAAUACAGUAAUAUAUUGUUGAAAGAUUUUAGGAAUUGGACGUAGCAUGAUUGUUUCUCUUCAGGUGCUUUUAGAUUUAAAUGGUUUAGUGAUUCGGUCACAGGAGCUUAGCUGAGGUAAAGAAAGAGUUUUUAAAGAAUCUAUUGAAUUUUUUCCAAGACGUGUUCGCCGAUUUCUAAUUUUCAGCUACAGUUUUUGAGGCUGUGGGCGUGGCCUAAACUGUCACCAUAACUAGGUAUGAAACUAAACCAAAUUACACUAAGCCUAGUUUUCUAAGAUGGCUGCCUUUAGAACAUUCUAGCGUUCAACUACAUGCUGUUCGUUACUUUAUUCUUGUUGUUCCCUGAAAUCUAAAAUAAAAAGCUGAUCAACUAAACUUAAAAUAAAUAGACUAGAAAUUAGACUUAUUUUUUCUUGCCAAAUUACUCCAGUUGAAGCUUUAGCGGAGAACGACGUGACGUAUCUUCACCCUCACUCUCAUCUGCCAUGUAUUUCACCACAAACACUGACUCUAUAGUGGAACUGUUUCGAGGGCUUUUGGUGCGCAGAUCCGAUUCGCUUGUAUUUUAGCAUCUUUGUCAAAUCAUGAAUGAAAGAAUGUAAAGAUUUUAAAGUGUUUGCUGCUAUUUACUGUCCAAUUUCAUUUUUAUCAUGUAUAUUUAUUUUUUGGGGGGAAAAUCCCGCCUCCUGUUGACUUCACGCGUAUCAGCUAUUCGGGAACAAACUACCACCAAUAUAAAAUGUUAGAUCGUCGUCACUCAAACACAAACACGAGGACAUUUUUCUGGUAAAAGCCACAUUUAAAAAUAAGCUGCUGGAAGUUUGUUGUGGCUCGGGGGUGUUUUUGAGACAGUGUGUGGUUUUGACAGAAGGAAACUCUCUGUACGUGACAGACACACAGAGAGACUGUCUCCAGGAUACAGCCAAUAGAUAAGGACUAUUACCUCACUGUGUAAACACACACACACACAGCUGACUAACACUCAUAACACAUCAUUGUUACUGACAAAAAACACUUACAAACACUUAGUCACAGAAGACACUUAGGAGGUGUGGUUUUUAUUACUGGUGGUGCUAUGGAAGGAACUGUGGCCUCUACACCUGUCAGUGUCAGUUUUUGUCUGUCAGUCACACUAAAAGGGGAGUGUCCCUUUUCUCAGUGAUUUCAGUGAAGGAGGCAUGAGCUUUGUCCCAGUCACAGUAAAGGAGGUGUGGCCUAAGUUCAUGUCCGUUCCAGUAAAGGAGGUGCGGCCUAAGUUAAUGUCAGUCUCAGUAAAAGGACGUGGCCUUUGUUCUUGUCAGUCACAGUAAAAGAGGCGUGGUCUUUGUUCUUGUCAGUCCCAGUAAAGGAGGUGUGGCUUUUCUUCCCGUCAGUUACAGUAAAAGAGGUGUGGCUUUUGUUCUUGUCAGUCACCAUAUAGGAGGCGUGGCUUUUGUGUCAUGUCAAUCACAGUAAAUGAGGUGUGGCUUUUGUUCCUGUUAGUCCCAGUAAAUGAGGUGUGGCUUUUCCUCCUGUCAGUUACAGUAAAGGAGGCGUGGCCUUUUUUCCUGUCAUUUACAGUAAAGGAGGUGUGGCCUUUUUUCCUGUCAGUCACAGUAAAGGAGGUGUGGCCUUUGUUCUUUUCAGUCCCUGUCAUGGUCUUUGUUUUUGUAACUCACAGUAAAGGAGGUGUGGCCUAAGUUGAUGUCAGUUACAUUAAAGGAGCCAUGGUCUUUGUUCUUGUCAGUCAUAGUAAAGGAGGUGUGGCCUUUUUUCCUGUCAGUUACAGUAAAGGAGGCGUGGCCUUUUUUCCUGUCAGUCACAGUAAAGGAGGUGUGGUCUUUGUUCUUUUCAGUCCCUGUAAGAGUCAUGGUCUUUGUUUUUGUCACUCACAGUAAAGGAGGUGUGGCCUAAGUUGAUGUCAGUUACAUUAAAGGAGCCGUGGUCUUUGUUCUUGUCAGUCACAUUAAACAAGGCGUGGCCUUUCUGCCUGUCAGUCACAGUAAAGGGGGUGUGGCUUGUCUUCCUGUCAGUUACAGUAAAGGAGGUGUGGCUUUUGUUCUUUUCAUUCCCGGUAAAGGAGGUGUGGCUUUUGUUCUUGUCAGUCACAUUUCUUCCUUUCUUCCUGUCAAUCCCAGUAAAAGAGGUUUGUCCUUUGUUCCUUUCAGUCACAGUAAAGGAGGAGUGGCCUUUCUUCUUGUCAGUCACAGUGGAGGAGAGGAGUUGUGGCCUUUGACACUUUUCCAGACAAAAUCAAACAGUUUGCACAAAUCGCUUGAGGUGGCACUAAAGCAUCGAUACACAGCGUGUCACAUUCCAUCUGCUGUAAAUGUUCAAGUCAACAGGAGGUUCUGUUUAUCUGCAUGGUCUAACUUUAGAGCUUGCUGUACGAAAACCAAACGGAGAGGUUUUGCUUGCUGUGUGUGUGUGUGUGUG